AUGGAGCACACUCUCUUACAGCUGCUAAACAUAUGUGAGACUGCUGAAAAGACCUUCAAGAGAGAAGAAGGGAAUGGGACCAUUGCUGUUUUUAAGAAGGGUUCAACUUCUUCUGCUAAGCUUGGUAAUAAGGGUAAAGGCAAAUUCAAUGCUAGCAAGAAAAAGAAAUGGAACACUGAACUCAAACCCAAGGGAGGCAUCAAGAAGAAACAAGAAGAAGGAAAGUGGCAAAAGGACAGUGUUUCCAUUUUGGGAAAGACGGACACUGGAAAAGGAAUUGUCGGGCUUACUUAG